GUUUGGUCGGUUCGGCUCCGUCGGCUUGGCCCCGGACGAUUACUUGCUCCCUCAGAGCCGCUCUAGCUGUCGCGGACUCCACAUUCCACCAGAAAAGCUCUUCCGUGUGUUGUGACCAGUCAGUCACUCGGCUAGGGCCCAACAAGACCCUACGACUCGUUAACUCUAACUCUCCCCCAAGUACCCAUAACAAGCAGCCAACAUGUCCGACGACGAGGACCAAUACUCGCACCCGGAGAAGAAGAUCGAGGGUAGGGCGUCACAAAAGGAAUCCGGCGAGAACCCCGAGUUCAUGAAGAGGCAAGAACAGAAGAGAAGCGACCUCGACGAACAACUUAAGGAGUACAUCGCUGAGUGGAGAAAACAGAGGUCGAAGGAGGAAGAUGAGCUCAAACGACUCAAGGAGAAGCAAGCCAAGCGCAAAAUCACUCGCGCUGAUGAGGAGAAGAGAUUGGCCCAGAAGAAGAAGGAGGAGGAAGAACGUCGCCAGCGCGAAAUUGAGGAGAAGAAACAGCGGGAUAUCGAGGAGAAGAGAAGGCGCCUUGAGGAGUCUGAGAAGAAGCGUCAAGCGAUGAUGCAGGCGAUGAAGGACCAGACCAAGAAGGGACCCAACUUCACCAUCACCAAGAAGGACCUCGGCGGUAACCUUUCCUCCGCGCAAAUUGAGCGCAACAAGACCACCGCCCAGCUCGAGGAGGAGAAGAAGAUCUCCCUCAGCUUCCGUAUCAAGCCCCUCGAAAUCGAAGGCCUGAACAUCGACAAACUCCGGUACAAGGCCACCGAACUAUGGGACACCAUCGUCAAGCUUGAAACGGAAAAAUACGACCUCGAGGAGCGCCAGAAACGUCAGGACUACGACCUGAAAGAACUGAAGGAAAGACAGAAGCAGCAGCUGAGGCACAAGGCGCUGAAGAAGGGUCUCGACCCCGAAGCUCUGACUGGCAAAUACCCGCCCAAGAUCCAGGUCGCCUCUAAGUACGAACGUCGUGUUGACACCAGGUCCUACGACGACAAGAAGAAGCUGUUCGAGGGUGGCUACGACACCCUUCUCGCGGAGUACAACGAGAAAGUUUGGAAACAGAGAUCAGAACAGUUCAUGAAACGCAGCAAAACGAAGCUGCCCAAAUGGUUCGGCGAACGGCCAGGCAAGAAGGCCGGUGACCCAGAGUCUCCCGAGGGUGAGGAAGACGUGAAGGCCGCCGCCGACGAAGACAUCGAGGAACCUCAGUUCGAGCAGGAGGAGGUUGAAGAAGAGGAGGUCGAGGAAGAGGAGGAGGAGGAAGAAGAGGAGGAAGAGGAGGAGGAGGAAGAAGAGGAGGAGGAGGAGGAGGAAGAGGAGGAAUAAGCACAAGACCCGAAUCGCAGUACGAACAGAGGACAAGAAAUAAAUAAAAUCUUUGAGAGAAAAAAAAAAAAAUAAAUAAGAUCACAGCGACAAGAAUUGCUACAACAACGAAAGCAAACGUGACGAAAAAACAAUGAAUAAUUC